AAAUCUCGUGCACAUAUAAAUACGCACAAAAGGGGCGUUAGCAGUACACAUUCCGACCUGGGACACGCGUUAAGCUCCAGUGAAGAAGCACGCAGAGCGAGAUCUUGCCAUGGUAUCCUUCGGCGCCGUGGUAUCUUUGAUAUGCGUCUGCUGCGGCCUUUGCACGGCAGCGUCGACCGCUAACACGACGGAGACUGCCAUAAUAACGACUCAACGGAACAAUGCAGCGUACAUCAAUCAUGUCACUAACCAGCCAAAGGAUGCUAAGAAAUUCAACCAAGGUGCAAUGGCCACAACCCGUCAAGGCAGCGGGGUAGUGAGGUCUAUCAUGUCAACGGCAACGGGAAUGCUGGCAGCCGUCGGAGGAGGCUUCCUGCUGUACAACGGCCUUCUUGCCAUCCUGGGCGAAGAUCCGCUGUCUCGAUUUCCAAUAUUCGAGCAGCUGGAGUCUCAGCGCAGAUACCCCUACGGUGUUCCGCCAUACGCGUACUACACCGGAUACUCCGUGGAUUCCGCGAAUGUGCAACGUCGCAGCGACGUCGGUAAACCAAGCAAGAGCCUUCGUCAGCUGAUGAAGGCGUUGGGUGAGGUCGACUUUCCGGAGAGAAUGUUCCAGUGGCUGCGAGUCUACGACGACUCAUGCAAGCAGCGUACCGUCUGUGAAUUCGAACAGUUUCUUACAACGAAAGGCAUCGCUGGACUGGUGCUCAAUUUUCUCAGCCCCCAAAUUCCCGGCAUGCACAAGUACACGGGAGCGAUCUCACGAGGUCUCCGAAACGAGAAUUGCGGCGUUGCCUACCGAGGAUGCCCGGAGUCCCUUGGGCAGCGACUGCUGAAGCUGAUCGGUCUCAGAUAGCGACCUUCCACAAGCACCACGCCUAUGGAUGCGCCCAAUGUGCACAACUUCCGGCGUAUGAUGUCGUCACAUAAGCCAUUCACGCGCGCAUUUAUAUUAAAUGUGCCGGUGACGUCGAAUGUCUUCUAGGUUUCCGAUUGUAUGUAUAUAUAUAUUAUUUAUUAUAUUUCCAUUGACGAUUUCAAAGUCGUGCUCAAUAAAAUGCUUGGU